AUCCAUUUGAAAAACAAGAAACAAUUGGUUCAUUUAUUUUUAAAAUAGAGAGAAAAAUCUCUGUGAGGCUCCUAAAUAUUUUUCCAUCUUUUCUCUCACAUUUGAUGGAUUCCAAACAAAGGAAAACAAUUUCAAAACCUGUUUUAUUUUUCUUUUCACAUCCUCUACUCAUAAAUAAAAAAUAAAAAAUAUCCAAAUCAAUCCCUUUCUUUUUACUUUGUAUUUCGUUAACCAAACAAGGGUCGUCCACCUGAACAUCAAAUUACGCGAUUUGUGUCGAUGAUGUCUAUGCAACAGCAUUCUCUACCGUCGAUCUAAUCUCCCCAAUCAUCACUCUAUCCGUUGAUCUUCUUUACUCCUUAUCCUUUGAAAACUGAAGCAGAACAAUUCAUUCAUGAUUUAUCUCUCUCAUUUCAUUUCAAUUUCAAUUUCAAUUUCAAUUUCAAUUUCAAUUUCAACUGUGACAGAGACAGAAACACCCUUCAGGGUUUUAGAUUUGUGAUGAUGGAUAAUGGUGCUGAGAGAGAGAUGAAUAAUUUUGAAGGAGAGGAGGCAAUAGAUCCAGUAAAGCAUUUCAAUGAUCAGGGAGAUGCUGCUGUUGAUGUUGUUGCUACUGUUACUGCAUUGCCUUCGAAUUCGGUUGAUGAUACCGCAGAAGAACUGGAUAACUUUCAAGAGGCAAUUGGAAUUGGUGAUGAUGAGUGUACCAAACAAUUGAAGGAGGAAGAAAAGGUUCUAGUGAUUGCUACUUCGGAAGUGCCCGAUGAUUGUCAGAGGCAGCUUGAAAGCUCUUGUGUAGUAGAUGGAUUUGAUACCGGAGGGACCUCAGGUGGAGUAUCAAGUGAGAAGGCUGAAAAUGAAGAUCAUGAAUAUUUUACUCCUAGAGAAAAUGGUGGUAUGAUAUUGGAAAAUGGAAGCACUGACAAGGUGGAUUGCAUUGUUGGUGAGUUUCAUACAGAAUCUAGAUUCGACGAGGAGAUGCGAAACCAGAGUAUUGAUGCUGAGGAUUUGAAAAAGGUUGGCUUGGAUCCCGGUCUUAAAGAUGACAAAAUAGAGGAACAGUAUAAUGAUUCAGAUGACCCUUAUAGUGAAAUUCAAGAUGAUACAUGUGAAAAAGCAUACAGACAUUCAGUUCACAGGAAUUUUGAACCUCAUUGUGAAAUACUUAUAGAAAUGGAGGAUGAGACCGUUGGCGCUGAUAUAAACCACGAGGAUACAAAUGGAAAAGGAAUGGGAAUAUCUGAUAGUCAGAGGACUGAAUGUAAAGAUUAUAGUAAUGAUCAUGAAACUGAGAAUGAUGACGCUGGAUUAAAUUCAGAGCAUCUGGAAACAAUUGGUGAAAAAGGAGAGUCUUCUCGAAAUGUGGAUGAAAGUAAAGAGAUUGAAACUGCUGGAAGCUCAUCCUUAUCAAAAAAUUCUCUUGCUACUGAGAUGCCGACUGUUCAGGCUACUGCUGUUGAUUUAGAAGAAGGUAGUACAAAGGUUUACCGGUCUAAGAUUUCUAAUGAAGAAAAUCUAGGAAAUUAUGAAAACUUUUCCGUUGUUGGGGAGCUAAAAAAGAUACCAGAGAAAAAUGCGAAACAGAAAGAAACCACUCAGAUUUCUAAAAAACCGGAUACCGAGGCUGUUUCUUCAUCUGGAAAAUCUGUUGCCACUACCACCACUCUUGUUCCUCCUGCUGGCCUUGGACCUGCAGCUCCAUUAUUGAAACCUGCUCCACGGGUAGUGCAGCAGCCGCGGGUCAAUAAUACUGUAUCUAAUUUGCAGUCCCAAAAAUUGGACGAGUCCUCAUCUGGGGAGGCUGAGGAGUAUGACGAGACUCGUGAGAAACUUCAAAUGAUUAGGGUGAAGUUUUUGCGGCUAGCUAAUAGGCUUGGGCAGACACCCCACAAUGUUGUUGUAGCACAAGUUCUGUAUAGAUUAGGACUGGCUGAACAACUCAGAGGGAGGAAUGGCAGCCGUGUUGGCGCUUUUAGCUUUGAUCGUGCUAGUGCAAUGGCCGAGCAACUUGAAUCAGUGGGUCAAGAACCACUUGAUUUCUCUUGUACAAUAAUGGUUCUUGGAAAGACAGGAGUUGGAAAAAGUGCAACCAUCAAUUCUAUCUUUGACGAGGUUAAAUUUAAAACUGAUGCUUUUCAUAUGGGAACAAAAAAAGUGCAGGAUGUUGUGGGAACAGUACAGGGUAUUAAAGUUCGGGCCAUUGAUACACCAGGACUUCUACCUUCUUGGACAGACCAGCAACGUAAUGAGAAGAUCCUCCUUGCUGUCAAGCGUUUUAUUAAGAAAACACCACCUGAUAUUGUGCUGUAUCUUGAUAGGUUAGAUACGCAGAGCCGGGAUUUUAGUGAUAUGCCACUCUUACGCACGAUUACUGACAUUUUUGGACCAUCCAUAUGGUUCAAUGCUAUUGUGGGUUUGACUCAUGCAGCAUCUGCUCCACCUGAUGGCCCUAAUGGUACUGCUUCCAAUUAUGACAUGUUUGUCACACAGCGUUCUCAAGUUGUGCAGCAUGCCAUUCGUCAAGCAGCUGGUGAUACACGUCUCAUGAAUCCUAUAUCAUUGGUGGAGAACCAUUCUGCUUGCAGAAUUAAUACAUCCGGCCAAAGAGUGUUGCCUAAUGGCCAGGUUUGGAAACCACAUCUGUUGCUCUUAUCUUUUGCGUCAAAAAUUCUGGCUGAAGCAAAUGCUCUUCUUAAGUUACACGAUAGUCCACCGGAAAAGCCUUACACAGCUCGCACAAGAGUGCUACCAUUACCAUUUCUUCUGUCAUCCCUUCUGCAGUCAAGGCCACAAUUAAAGUUGCCAGAGGAGCAGUUCAAUGAUGAGGACAGUCUCGAUGACAAUCUUGGUGAACCAUCAGAUUCUGGUGAUGAAACAGACCCUGAUGACUUACCACCGUUUAAACCUUUGACAAAGGCCCAACUCAAAAAUCUUUCUAGAGCUCAGAAGAAAGCAUAUCUGGAUGAGGUCGAGUAUCGAGAAAAACUCUUAAUGAAGAAACAAUUAAAGUAUGAAAAAAAGCAACGGAAGAUGAUGAAGGAAAUGGCAGAAUCAGCAAAAGAUCUGCCAAAUGAUUAUGGUGAAAAUGUAGAGGAAGAGAGUGGUGGUGCAGCUUCUGUUCCUGUUCCCAUGCCAGAUUUGGCCUUGCCUUCAUCUUUUGACUCUGAUACUCCCACUCACCGGUAUCGUUAUCUUGAUUCAUCCAACCAGUGGCUUGUAAGACCUGUUCUAGAAACUCAUGGAUGGGAUCACGAUGUGGGUUAUGAAGGCUUAAAUGUAGAAAGAUUGUUUGUUGUUAAAGACAAGAUACCCCUGUCUUUUAGUGGUCAAGUUACCAAGGAUAAAAAGGAUGCUAAUGUUCAGAUGGAAAUUGCCAGUUCAGUUCAGUAUGGAGAAGGGAAAGCAACUUCUUUAGGUUUUGAUAUGCAGACUGUUGGGAGAGACUUAGCUUACACAUUACGUAGUGAGACAAAAUUCUGUAAUUUUAGGAGAAAUAAGGCAACUGCUGGUCUCUCAUUUACUCUCUUGGGUGAUGCCUUGUCAGCUGGAGUUAAAGUCGAAGACAAGUUGAUUGCUAAUAAGCAGUUCAAUUUGGUUAUUUCUGGUGGUGCAAUGGCAGGGCGCGAUGAUGUUGCUUAUGGUGGCAGUUUGGAGGCCCACUUGAGGGAUAAAAAUUACCCUCUAGGACGCUCAUUAUCAACGCUUGGGCUUUCCAUUAUGGAUUGGCAUGGAGAUCUUGCUGUUGGGUGCAAUUUACAAUCACAAAUUCCUGUUGGACGGCAUACAAACCUUGUUGCGCGAGCCAAUUUGAACAAUCGUGGGGCUGGACAAAUUAGCAUUCGAUUAAAUAGUUCAGAACAGCUUCAAAUUGCUUUGGUUGGCCUCAUCCCUCUACUUAAGAAGGUUGUCGGUUAUUCUCAACAAUUGCAGUUUGAACAAUGAUGAUGAUGUUAGAUUAUGUGAGCUGCAGCACCUGCACAGUAAUAGGAACAGUUUUCACCGAGCAUUCAAUUCUGUGUACCAAAACAAGUGAAUUUUGUAUUUUAGCAGAACAUCCUAUUCAGGUGUUGGGUUCAAUGAAAGAGAUAGUCUUCCACUGGUUUAGGCCAAUGAUUAUACUUUCAUAUGACCUGAAGGCUACAAAGUAAACAAAUGUUUGUUCGACUUUAAUGAGGAAAAAUAAUCCCGCGAGGAAAGACAAAGAGAAAGUAUGGGUCGUCUCACUUCUUGGUGCAAAUGAUUUAAGUAACAUAAAGGCAUAAAGCCAUUUUCAAUGGAGUGGCUUGAUGGUUUGCUGUGAUUCACCAGGAACCCGAUGCUAAUUCAACGGGAUGUAGCUCAGGAACAUGUUAAGUUCAUGGGAAUGUUAGCUCCACAACCUUUAUUUACAGGAACAGGUGAGAAUGUGGCAUAAUAUUAUCUUGGUUUGCAAGGACCCACAAAGAAUUGGUGUCUCCAUUUCCACUAUUUUGGCUUUAACUCAACUCGAAGGUCUAUAUGGCUUUGCCUCUGGCUACAUCCUAAUUUUGUAUGGAUGAUCAUUAUGUUAAAAUCCUUCAAGUGCUUCUCAUGUCAUGUCACAAAUUGUGCAUCAACCAGAGGUCUUGGAGAAUAUAUACAUAGAGGAUGUUAGAAGAGGAAGAUUGUAAAAAAAACUCUUGUUAUUGAACAAACUUGAUGGAGGAUUUAGUUCAAAAAAAAAAUCGGGGUGAUAAUAGAUGCUAUUUUCUUGUUUUAAUAUGCCAAAAUUGCACCAAUAAAUUUAUAUGUAUUUUGAUGAUAUAGUGAGUUGUUAAUUGAAAA